GAAAGGGAUGCACUCAGAAAGCAUGGAUGUGUCACCUCAUGGGGUUCGCGCACUCUGGAGAAAGGCCCGAGGCUAUCCAAUGUCAGAUUCGGCCAGGCACAGCCUGGCCGUCCAGUUGGGCGACCAGUUGCUGGAACCUGCUGAUGUGGCUUUGUGGGAGGAGGUCGCGGAUGAUGACUCGGUCCCUUUAGAAUUUCUGUUCGCCGGCGCCAACGAUGGCGAUCAGCUGGCAGAAGUUUUGCAGAGGGUGGUCGAAGACAGACUGCAGGACGAGAGGCGCGCAGAGUUUCGCCGGCACCUGAAGCAGCGCCAGGAGUCAGCGCUCCGGCGGCGCAAGGCCAGUGCGGCCGAGGAGGGCGAUGCCAAGGAGGAGAAGUGGCGGAGCUACUUGCAGAAGCCCGCUGUGGAGGCAAACUUCCAAGUUCACGCGGUCUUUGAUGCAGGGACACGGAUGAGGAAGGUGCUCGGGUGCCGGGUCUCCAUGUCCGCGGAGGCAGCCCGUGACUUGGGGAAGAUCUGCUUCCGCCAUGUCUUCGAGAGUGACGACGAGGAGAAAGACAGGCUUCAAGCUCUCAAGUGGUACGAGGAUCCUUUCCUUUCCUGCUUCUAUGGCUGUUCCUGCGUGCUGACGGUGGUGGUGGUUCUCUGGCUUUGCAUGCUGCUGCCAGCUGUGGUGCGGCGCUUCUGAGCCACCUCCGAACUGGUUAAUGUGACCCGACCGCGAAAUCGCGGGCUUGCUUCAGGAUUUUCGGCAUUUUCCGGCUAUAUGUGGCCGCCCCCUAUGUAUAUUCUCGGUGGACUCGCGGAGUUCCCUAUAUUCCUCUUCUUCAACUCAACAUCGCGGCACUGGCCACUUUGACUUGAAUGCUUGCGAACCAUGUUGAAUGCUC